AGUCUAAGAAUCAAAAUUUAAUUAUUUCACUCUGUUGCAUAGUGUAGUGUAUAUUAUAUAAAGCUACAUACUCUGUGGUUUCAUCAAAAGAGGUAGCAGCCAUAUGAUCCAAGUUACUCUCAUCGAGGAAGAAGUAAAAAGAGAUCAAACAAAAACAGAAACAUACAGAGUUGAAGAUGUGGAAGUUGAAGAUAGCAGAAGGAGGAAAGAACUUGGUUUCAGUGAACAACUUCAUAGGAAGACAACAUUGGGAAUUCGAUCCAAAUGCAGGAACACCACAAGAACGUGCUGAGGUUGAAAGGCUACGCCAAGAGUUCACUAAAAAUAAAUUUUCCAUCAAACAAAGUUCUGACCUCUUAAUGAGGAUGCAGCUCAGAAAAGAGAACAGAUGUGGACCAAUACCAGAAGCAGUGAAAGUGGGAGAAGAAGAGAAAAUAACACAAGAAGCAUUGAUUACAACAAUGAGAAGAUCUCUCACUUUCUUUUCUUCUAUUCAAGCACAUGAUGGUCAUUGGCCUGCUGAAUCUGCUGGCCCUUUAUUUUUCCUUCAACCUUUGGUAAUGGCAUUAUAUAUUACAGGAUCCCUUGAUGUUGUUUUAGGAGCAGAACACAAGAAAGAAAUUAUUCGUUAUUUGUAUAAUCACCAGAACAAAGAUGGUGGUUGGGGGUUCCAUAUAGAGGGACACAGCACAAUGUUUGGAUCAGCAUUGAGUUACAUUGCAUUAAGAAUACUUGGAGAAGAACUUGAAGAUCAUGAAGACAUGCCAAUGGCCAGAGCCAGAAAAUGGAUUCUUGACCAUGGUGGUUUAGUGGCUAUUCCUUCAUGGGGAAAGUUCUGGGUCUCGGUACUUGGAGUUUAUGAGUGGUCAGGAUGCAAUCCACUUCCACCAGAGUUCUGGCUUGUUCCCAAUUUCAUCUCUAUUCACCCAGGGAAUAUGUUAUGCUACUGUCGCUUGGUUUAUAUGCCAAUGUCAUAUUUAUAUGGAAAGAAGUUUGUGGGUCCUGUCACCAAUUUAAUCAGAUCUUUGAGAGAAGAAAUGUACAAUAAACCUUAUCAUCAAAUCAACUGGAAUAAAGCUCGAAAUUGUGUUGCUAAGGAGGAUUUGUAUUAUCCACAUCCUUUAAUCCAAGAUAUGUUAUGGGGAUUUCUUCAUCACGUGGGAGAGCCUUUGCUGAAUUCUUGGCCCUUUUCUAAGCUUAGACAAAAAGCAUUAGAAAUUGCAAUUAGUCAUGUCAGAUAUGAGGAUGAGAAUAGUAGAUACCUUUGCAUUGGAAGUGUAGAGAAGGUUUUGUGUUUGAUUGCGCGUUGGGUUGAAGAUCCUAAUUCGGAAGCAUACAAACUCCAUUUAGCUCGAAUUCCUGAUUAUUUUUGGCUCGCCGAAGAUGGCUUGAAAAUUCAAAGUUUUGGUAGUCAAAUGUGGGAUGCAGCAUUUGCUAUACAAGCAAUACUUGCUUGUAAUUUAAGUGAAGAGUAUGGACCUACACUUAAAAAAGCUCACGAUUUUGUCAAGGCUUCACAGGUUAGUGAAAACCCUAGUGGUGACUUCAUGGGAAUGUAUAGACACAUCUCAAAAGGUUCAUGGACAUUCUCAAUGCAUGACCAAGGUUGGCAAGUCUCUGAUUGCACAGCUGAAGGAUUACAGGCUGCGCUCUUAUUGUCAAAAAUGCCAUCUGAUCUAGUUGGAGAACAAAUAGAAUCAGAGAGAUUCUAUGAUGCUAAAUUCAAUCCAACCGAAUUCUUUGAAGAUACUCUGAUUGAGAUGGAGUAUGUAGAAUGCACAGGAUCAGCAAUGGAAGCAUUGGCUCUAUUUAGAAAGUUAUAUCCAAAUCACAGAAGAAAAGAAAUAAAUCACUCCAUUUCUAAAGCAAUUCAUUACAUUGAAAACACACAAAAUCCAGAUGGCUCAUGGUAUGGUUGCUGGGGAAUUUGUUAUACCUAUGGAACUUGGUUUGCUGUAAAGGGACUGAGAGCAUGUGGAAAGAACUAUCAAAACAGUGCUUCAUUGCGCAAAGCAUGUCAAUUUUUGUUGUCAAAGCAGCUUCCUAACGGUGGUUGGAGUGAAAGUUAUUUAUCAAGCCAAAACAAGGUGUAUACAAAUUUAGAAGGCAAUCGUGCUAACGUGGUUCAAACUUCAUGGGCUUUGCUAUCCCUUAUUGGUGCUGGACAGGCUGAAAUUGAUCCAACACCCAUACAUCGUGGAAUAAAGUUACUAAUCAAUUCACAAAUGGAAGAUGGAGACUUUCCUCAGCAGGAAACUACAGGAGUGUUUAUGAGGAAUUGUAUUCUAAAUUACGCAUCGUAUCGAAACAUAUUUCCCAUAUGGGCGUUGGGAGAAUAUCGUCGCCGAGUUCUAUAUGUAUAAGCAUGAAGAUGAUGAAGAAUAUAAUCAAAUCCAAUAAUUAUGUGAUUGCCUUUAAAUUAAAGUAAAAAUUAUAUAUUUCACGUGUAUAUAUGUGGUGCAAAUGUGUAGUCCUUUCUUAAUAAACAUCUCAUCUAUGUUGUAAAUGAAACUACUAUAUAUAAAAAAGAUACGAGCUUUACUAAGAAAAAAUUGUUCAGAUUUCAGUAAUUCAUGAAGUAUUUUGUUGACAAGAAGAGAAGACAUGUGAAAUUCGAAUAAGUGAAUUGUUGCUAGUGAAAUUACAACCCUCUAGACAA